CCUAAGUGCUGACAUUCAGGGGAGGGCUUUUCGGAACUCUCCGGAAUCAUGCAACAGGAUUAAUGUCUUCACCGGCAGCAGGGAUGGAUGGCCAGGCCCACUUCACUGGAAGUAGCUCCAUCAUUGUAGCCGACAGAAUGCCGUUGGGGGAUAAGUGUUUCAACGCCGGAGGAAUAUAAAUUAGAAUCCGCCACCCCUGUCGCUCCGGCCAGAGUUCCGAGCAGAGCCUGUCAUCCAUUCCACCGUCAUGCUUGCACCCACCUUCUGGACCAGCUUGCUGGCCCUCACGGCCUCGGCCUCGGCCACAGCCAUUAGCCGGAGCACCACCAGCAGCUGUCGCUGUUUCCCUGGCGAUGCCUGUUGGCCCUCGGCCAGUGAAUGGGCCCAGCUCAACCAAACCGUGGACGGUCGCCUCAUCAAGACCAUCCCCUUGGGCAAGCCCUGCCAUGCCCCCAACUACGAUGCCUCAGUCUGUGCCGUGCUGAAGGAUGAAUGGACCGAGCCUGAGCUCCACUACACCUCCAGCAGCUCCAUCAUGGCCCCAUGGUUCGCCAAUGGCACCUGCGACCCCUUCCACCCGAUCGCCAAGCCGUGCACGAUGGGCAACUACAUCGACUACGCCGUCAAUGUCUCCACUCCCGCGCAUAUCUCGGCCGCUCUCCGCUUCGCUGACACCCACAACAUCCGCCUGGUGAUCCGCAACACGGGCCAUGACUACAAUGGCAAGUCCACCGGCGCCGGAGCCCUGGGCGUGUGGACUCACCACCUGAAGUCCAAGACCCUGAUCACCAACUACACCGACUCCCACUACACCGGCCCCGCGGUCCGUCUCGGCUCAGGCGUGCAGGGUUUCGAGGCCUACGACUUCGCCGACGCCAACGGCUACCAAAUCGUCGGCGGCGAGUGCUCGUCCGUAGGCAUUGCCGGCGGAUACUCGCAGGGUGGUGGCCACUCGGCCCUCUCCUCGCGCUACGGCCUGGCAGCUGACCAGGUGCUGGCGUGGGAGGUUGUCACCGGCUCCGGCGACUUCGUGACCGCCACGCGCGACAACGAAUACCAGGACCUCUACUGGGCCCUGAGCGGUGGUGGCGGUGGUACCUACGGUGUCGUCGUGGCUAUGACUUCCAAACUGCAUACCUCGACCCCAACCUCCGGUCUCAGCCUGACCUUCACCAACGACAACAUCACUCAAGACACCUUCUUCGACGCCGUCACUCUCUACCACACCCUCCUCCCCAGCAUCGUGGACGCCGGCGUCAUGAGCAUCUGGUACUUCACCAACACCUCCUUCUACAUCUCCCCCCUGACCGGCCCGGGUGUCCCUGUCGCCACCCUCCGCUCUCUCGUGGCACCCUUCGAAGCCGGCCUCACCAAGCUGGGCAUCCAAUACACCCUCGUGGCCAAGCAAUUCGACACCUACCUCGAGGAGUUCAACACCAUGGAGGCCGAGAUCGCCGUCGGCAAGGCCCAGUACGGUGGAUGGUUGAUCCCACGCGACGUCGUCACCCAGAACACCUCCGCCUUGACCACCGCGUACCGCAAGAUCGUCUCGGACGGCGCCACCUUCAUCGGAGUCGGCCUGAACGUUAACCGCACGGUGGCGGGUGACGUCGACAACGCCGUUCUGCCCGCCUGGCGCGAGGCCUUGAUCGAUACCACCCUGACGACUCCCUGGGAGUGGGAUGCCCGUGCUGAGAUGAUCGUCGAGCAGGACAAGAUGACCAAUGACUACAUCCCCUUGCUUGAGGCUCUGGCUCCGAACUCCGGCGCGUACAUGAACGAGGGUAACUUCCAGCAGCCUAACUGGCAGAAGGCGUUCUAUGGUGUUAACUAUGAUCGUCUGUUGGAGGUCAAGAAUAAGUAUGAUCCGAAUGGAUUGUUCUAUGCUCUUAAGGCUGUGGGAUCGGAUGCUUGGACUCAGUUGGAGGAUGGACGGUUGUGUCGUGCUUGAGAAGUACUUGUAUAUAUGUAGAAUACAUUCAGAAUAUGUAAUAUAUCUAUUUACUUACACCUUUAGUCUAG